UCAGAAUUAUUUUCAUUUAGAGAUUGCUUCUAAGAGACAUCAGUGAAAUUCUUAAAUACAAAUCUUUUAUAUUUUUUAUUGAACUAAAGAUUAUUUGAUUUGAUUUGAUUUUUUUUUUUGACGCUAUUUGAAGAAAUUAAGAUGAAAUCUUCACUAAUUUUAUUAUUCUGCGCUGGAAUUUUUAUUGUUCUUGUCAAUGGACAAGGUUGUGCCCGCGAAAACAGACCCUGUGAAUACGAUCAACAAUGUUGUGCGAAUCUCGAGUGUAAUAAUUGGGACAAGAGAUGUCAACAACGUGGCAGAUGUCAAAGAUGGGAGCAAAGGUGUAAUCAGGAUUCGGAUUGUUGCCAUGAUUUGCGCUGUAAUCCAUCUAAUAAAAAGUGUAUAAGGAGAGAAAAUGAUUGUCAACCACAGGGACAGUUUUGCGCACUUCGAAGAUGCUGUGGAGGUUUAAGAUGUAUCGACAGCAGAUGCGUUCGUUAAAAAAACGCAAUAUAAUUUUAAAUCAUUAUUAUUUUAUUCAUUAAAUUCUAUUUUAUAAUUUGUAUUUUUCAAUUUCAAUCACAAUUAUUGUUUACAAUUUUACUUCAUAAUAAAAUUA